AUGGAGCUGGCAUCCCGGGGGUCGGGAGCCAGUCCCCGUGCGGUGGGGGCAUCAUCGGCGGCGUCGUCGCCGGCCCAGGGCGGCUCUACCUCGAGUGGUCGAUUCGGGGAUACGUCGGCACAGAGUGAUUCCGCGGUCGACACGCCACCGCGGAUCGGAGGACACUCCAUUACUGUGUCGGCUCCGGCAGGCCCGUCGGCGGGAACGGCCUCGCAGCAGCAGCACCAUCAGCAACAGGCUCAGCAGCAACAACCACAACAGCAGAGAUCUUCAGUGGGGGAAGUCGGACCGGCGGCUCACGCCGAUGACGCAAAGCGGUCGAGGGCGUGCGAGGCAUGUAGGGGUCUCAAGGUGCGGUGCGAGAUGGUGGAGGACGGGCCGUGUCGGCGGUGCAUGAAGGCGGGGAGGAGAUGCGUCGUCACGGCUAGGACGCGCACGGGCGAGAGGCAGAAGAAGACGGAUACGAGGGUUGCCGAACUGGAGAAGAAGAUUGAUGCGUUGACGGCGACGUUGCAGGCUAGGGCGGGGCCUGAUCAACAGCAGCAGCAGCAGACCCCGAUGUACGGGGGUGUGGGGUCUACUAGUGGUAGCAGUCAUGGCGUUGGCACGGCCGUCGGGCAGAAUGCAUCGCGCCCGGCGCAUGUGUCUUUGUCGGCGGUUAGCGAGACGGCAACGAUGCGGACCCGGUCGCGGGAUUGGGGCGCCGUGCUCGGGAUGUCGGAGAAUACAGGGCCAGCGGGCGUUGACACAUACCAACCAUAUGCGGCUGCUGCCGGACAAAAGAGGAAAAUCGAGGACAUUCUGGGCCAAGGCAUCCAGAACUCUCCGCAAAAGAAGUCACCGGCGGCUAAAAAUGCUAGUCUCGGAGCUGAUUACGUCGAUAUCGUGGAGAGAGGGAUCAUCACGCUGGAUAUUGCGGACGAACUUUUCGCUCGGUACAACGAUGAGAUGAUUUUGCAUCUUCCCGGCGUCGUCUUCCCCCCGUCCAUGAAAGCCAAUGAUCUCCGACAAGAGAAGCCGUUGCUGUUCCUGGCGGUCAUGGCGGCUGCGGCGGCGGCACGGGCAAGUUUACAGCGAACGCUCGUCAAGGAGCUCAUGGAGAUCUUUGGCCAGAAAGUCAUCUGCAACGGGGAAAAGAGCCUCGAAAUCGUGCAGGCGCUCCUCGUAUCCGUGAUGUGGUACUUCCCACCCGAGAGUUUCGAAGAGCUCAAGUUUUACCAGCUGGCGCACAUCGCCUCAGUCAUGGCCCUGGACUUGGGCCUCGGCCGCAGCAACAUGACAAAGCGUAAAAACACAUCACAGCAGCAGCAGCAGCAACAGCAGCAAUCUAUGCACACGCUAGGCUUCUACACGUUCCGCCCUGGAAAGGAUGACCCCGAGAGUCUCGAGUGCAGGCGCACCUGGCUCACGUGCUACUACCUAUCGUCGAACACGGCCAUGGGACUCCGGCGCCCGUUCCUGCUUCGGUGGAGCUCGUUUAUGGAGGAGAGCGUCAGGUUGUUGGAGACGUCGCCCGAGGCGGCGCCGACAGAUAAGUAUCUCUGUUACUUGCUGCGUGGGAAUAAGCUUGGGGAGGAUGUGGCGAUGCGGUUUUCGCUUGAUGAUCCGGGCUUGACCUCGACCUUAGAGGAUUUUGGGACGCAGUUGGCUCUGAGGGGGUUUGAGGUGGAACUAGAAAGGCUCAGGCGUGCCAUACCGAAGGAGCUCAUGAGACCCACCAUGUUAAUCAGCAUCGAAUACAUCAACAUCUACAUGCACGAAAGCUGCCUCCAAGCCCCCAAUGCCGACUCAUUCAAAUCCUGCAUAGCAACAACAGCCCUCGACGACGACAUGGUCAACCCCAGAGCCAUAGGCCGCGCCCAAAUCGAUGCGCUCCUCGUGUGCGUCGCCGCCGUGACGGGCACCUUCGACAAGUUCCUCGCCAUGGACGUAGCCAGCAUCCGGUGCCUCCCCGUGUUCAACUUCGUCCGCGUCGCCUACGCUCUUGUCAUCCUCAUCAAGGUGAACAUUGCCGUCACGGCGCCCGGAUCGGUGCUCGCCAGUGUGGUCACGGAUAGUCUCAAGGCCGAGUACUACCUCGACGCGCUGCUGGCCAAGUUCCUCGAGGCGUCGUCAGAGGAUAAGUGUCGUCCGGCGGGCAAGUUUUUACUGGUUCUUGCUAUGCUUAAGGGGUGGUUUACGAAUAAGGCGGCGAUCACGACGAGGAAGAAUAGUAUGGCCAACAAGGGUGGAAAUGACCCAGGCCUGGGAUUUCAGCAGCAGAAUAACAGCAGCAACAACAACAGACCCGGACUUCCUGACAUGUCUACUACCACCCCGGCGUCAACGGUCUCAGGGUCUACAGGAGAUGCAGGUUCUCGACCAUCGGGAGCGGACGUUUCCCCGCCUAUGGGCCAAGGUCAUCAAGCUUACAGGCAACAUCAACAGCAGCCGACACCAGCCUCCAUGGCAAAUUACCCAACAGCAGCUACGGCAAACACACCAUUACAAUUACUAUCAGAAGUGGCAACAGGUGAUUCGGAUCCGGGACGUCGAUCCUCGAAUAUGGUGUGGCCUAAUAGGGCCGCCGCGCAAGGAUAUAAUAUGUACGACGACGGAAGAGGAUCAUCCUUGGACAUGCAGGCGCAACAAUAUUCCUGGCCGGCCUCUUCUUUGGGCUUGGAGAUGGACUUUGACAAUCUCCCCGAGGGGCUAGACUGGGAAGGUCUGGCGAUAAAUCUCGGAAUGGGGCUCCCCCUCAACAACGAAGACGGGUUACUGAAUGUGGCGGCCAUGACGACGGAGCCUUUGCUCCUAGCAGGUGUGGGCGCGGGAGACCGUGCAAGGGCUGUCGGAGGCGUUCAGGCGGGAAUGGGUGCGGGCGUUUGGAAUCAGAUCUACCAGAACCAAGGCUAA